CCUGAGCUUAACACAUCACAGACCGCAACAUCGACUUCUGCGUGCGGCUACCAAGCCCGGCCUGGUCCAGUCAUCAGCCGCAUCUGUCCCCGCAUCCCUCCCGCUCAGCAACCACCGCCUCCUCCGGGCGGCUCCCCGCUACGCCGCACCCCUCCCCAGCCGCACAGGGCACAGACACAUGCUGUACGGGGACGCGUGAGGGUGCCAGGGCCGCAGCCGGGCAGAAUGGCAGAGCGGCUGAUCAGCUCCUUCGGGAACCUGAGCCUGGACGGGCCGCAGCGGCAGCAGAGACACAGCCGACAGCAGCGGGGGACCCACAGACAGCAGCAGCCGCCGCCGCCAACUUGCAGCAGCAGCAACAGGCAGCCCGCUCCCCCCGCCCAGCGUUCCAGGUUCUCCAAGCACCUCUACCUUCUGCGGGGGCUGCCGGGCUCUGGCAAGAGCAGCCUGGCCAGGAAGCUGAAGAGAGAUUUCCCUAGUGCGCUUGUGUUUAGCACUGACGACUACUUCAUAAUGGAAGAUGGAAGCUAUUUAUAUGACCAGAAUUUACUGCAAGAUGCUCACAGGUGGAAUCAGAAGAGAGCACGCAAGGCAAUGACGAGAGGGAAGACUCCGAUCAUCAUAGAUAACACAAACAUUGUGGCCUGGCACAUGCAGCCAUAUGCAGCCAUGGCACUUGAGAAUGGAUAUCAAGUUAUAUUCCUGGAGCCUGACACACACUGGAAGUUCAAUGUAAGGGAAUUAACAAGAAGAAAUAGCCACGGUGUGCGCAGAGACAAGAUCCAACGCAUGAAAGAUGCAUAUGAACACAACGUCACUUUCUAUACGGUCCUCCACUCGCAAAAGCCGUCUUAAAAUUGACAAACGCUUCUGAAAAUAAAAUGUGCUGCAGAGAAACUCUGAAGAAAACAACAAUCCUUUUUCAGUCAGCCAAUGGAGUAAGGCCAGAUUCACAGCGACUAACUCUCAGCAAUAACUCCAUAUUGUACAGUCAACAGGCUAGCUUUUGCUGGCUAAGAUAUUACACAGAGUGCCAUUACACAAGUAUCCACAACAGCAGGGGUGGAUAUCCCUGCAACCGAAUCUGGAAGCACUUUCUUACAUCACCAACCCGUCAAUAAUUGGAUGGAAACCCCGUAACAUUCUCUACCAUUUUUCUGAAAGCAAAUCAUAAGGUUGCUAAGAUAGAAAAAUAGAAACAUCUUACAAAGUCCUGACCAUGAUAUUAUGGUAUCCUGACUGUACCAAUUUUUAUAAUAAAUUAAGUGUCCAUUGGAGAGGUAAGUGAUGCUGGGAUUGUUCCCCUCUGCUAUAUAAAUGAAAGCCUUUGUCACUUUAAGAAUUUUUUUAAAAUUACUUUGCACUUUUGGAAACUUAACUGAGAACCUUCUCUGUUCACCUGGCAGAGGUUAAUGAAGCAGUGUGCCAAUUGAUUAUUUCACAGUGCUCUGUCUCUUCAGGAACAUGCCCCCUGCACCAAGCCAGCUUCAUUGCAUUUCAACUGCAGCAGGGUGCCCAGUGAUGGAGAGUCAGGACUCUGCCCAGCUGAGUUCAUAUAAAAAGACUGCCUAGCGUCUGAGUAUCUGCAUAGUCCAUGAUGAUGGGCGUGGGAGGGGACUUUUAUUGCAUUAUGUUUUAGCUGCACCCAGGUAAAGCUGCAAACCCCUGUAGCAUAAAUCAUGCCGUUUCCCCCUAAUACCACUUUUAUACCGACUAUAGCAGGUCGCACCUGGGAGCCUGACACGGGAGCUUCCAGUGCGCGACCCGCCUCAGGCCCCUCUCCCACCACUGAAUCCAAUCCGGCAUAUUGCCGAGUUGGUGACAUCAGCGGUGACGGCACAUGGAGAUCACAUGAUCUCCAAGCGCCGCCCGUGCAUUCACUGUGAACGGGAGCUGGGUCGAUGCGACACGGCUUCCCGUUUACACAGCACAGCUUGCCAGGUUGAACCAGUGUUUAACCCUGUAAGCUACCCGAGUUUGAAUGCCAGGUCACUCGACCCGGAUUAUUCCAACUGGGCCCAUUUACACCGCGCAGCAACACGGUUAUGCGCGUUCACGUGCAAUGACACGUGUUACUAGCUGGAGGUGUAAAAGGGGUAUAAGAUGCCAUUUUUUAUUGUUAAUUCUUCCUUAAUUCUUUUCAUUCAAGCUAUUAAAUUUAGUUUGCUCAAUGUCAUUGCGACUAAUAGGGAUCCUCCUGAUGAAGCUUAUGUUGCUGCAAAACUACAUGGGACCACUUACCUUCAUAGCUGCUGUCAAGAACCAUUAGUGAUUAUUUUGAUAGAUAUUAAAGUAUGAAGGAAUCGGUCUAAUUGGAACUCAUUAUUUCUAACCUUAAUGGAUUUCUUGUUCCAAACACUCCUGUUUGCAGUCACAACAACAAUAAUGAAUUCCUAUAUAUCUAAUCAUAUGACAAUCCAGAACUUUGUAGAACAUUUGGCCUUUCUACCAUGGGAAAUCACAGUCACAUAACAAUUUCCAUCAUGUGACCACCCAAGAGCUUCAUGACUAAUUGGCUCUGACGCAGAAGUAGUUACACUUUCCUGGGAAUAAGCAAAUACCAAAUCUACCUUACAGAUUGAUUUUGCGCAAGGAACACCGAUUUAUAGGAGGACCUUAACUUAAAGUAGUAUGUGGGAUUGCACUUCUUAUUGGUUAUGAUCGGUCACCUGUUUUAGGGUCUAGCAUUUUCCUUCUCUUCUUAAGCUGUACAAUUACACAAGGAAGCUGUAUUUUUUUAAUUAAAAUGUAUUUUUACUUGCGUGUAAACAUUCCUAAUUAACAGAUUUAUCUUAUAGAAUAAGUUUGUAAAACUUGUUAUUCUAUUUACAAAAUUAAGAACAUUGAGAAUUUUCUUCAUGGUAACAUUUUUAUGUUUCACAUUUUACAUUGUAGAUCUAUAAAUCCUUUGUCCUUUCCAUACCUCUGUUAUACUCCUCACGUUUAUAACAGACAACACAGGCAUUUCAUUCUAACAACCUUUUUUUUUGUAAAAUAUUUACAUAUUAAACAUUGUACAGAUA